CCCACUUUCCUCUUUCUCUUUGGCGCCCGUGUCCCACGUCGCACGUAUCAGGCCGAAAUUUCGAGAACGGACGCUGCAAGUUUUCGAUCUACAUUCCAUACGUAUCCUUCCUAGCCCACUUAACUUUCACCUUCAGUACUUACCCUACGCCCUACGCACACCCGACUCACCUACCAGUUCGUAACUUCUGUCUUCAGCCGAUUCUUAAUUAGAAGAACGGUAUCAGGCGAAGGGAUCGACUUAUCAACUCCGUAAAGUAUCCUAUCUAGGUAUUGAAUCUAGCAAUCAUGGCCACGACAACGAAACAGCGCCUCGCGCUCGCCAUCUGCGACUUCCUCUCCACCUCCCUCACCGACGGCACCCUGUCGGCCGAGGACAAGGACAGCAUCGACGUAGCCAUCAAUUGCAUCGGAGAAUCCUUCAAAGUCGACCCCAGCGACCCCAGCGCCAUCUCCUCCGCCAUCGGCACGCAGAACCUCCUCCAAAUCUACGGCGUGUACGAAAAACUCAAGUCCUCAUCCUCCAAACCCAACGACUCUACCCCCGCCUCCGCCCCGGCCCCCGAACCAGCAGCCAACACCAAAACCCCCACCGACGCCGAAAAAGCCGAAGCCGAGGACCUCAAAGCGCGCGGCAACAAAGCCAUGGCCUCAAAGGACUACCCGACCGCCAUCGACAUGUACACCUCCGCGCUAGCCCUGUACCCGAGCAACGCGAUCUACCUGUCGAACCGGGCGGCGGCCUACAGCGCGGCCAAGGACCACGCGUCGGCGCGCGCCGACGCCGAGGCCGCGGUGAAGCUCGACCCGCGCUACACCAAGGCCUGGUCGCGGCUGGGUCUCGCGCGCUUCGCGCUCGGCGACGCUAAGGGUAGUAUGGAGGCGUACCAGAAGGGCAUCGAGUACGAAGGGAAUGGUGGGUCUGACGCUAUGAAGAAGGGGUUCGAGACGGCGAGGCGGCGCGUCGAGGAGCUCGAGGCCGAUGCUGCGGGUUCUGUGCCUGAUCUAGCUGGUUCUGUGCCGCGUGGUGGCGGAGGCGGUGGUGGUAUGCCCGACUUAGCGAGCCUAGCGAGCCUAUUUGGCGGUGGUGGUGCUGGCGGCGCGGGUGCAAACCGAGAAGGAGGCGGUGGCGGUGGCGGUGGGAUGCCUGAUCUAGGUAGCAUCAUGAACAACCCCAUGUUCGCGAGCAUGGCGCAGAACCUGAUGUCGAACCCGGAGAUGAUGCAGAACCUGAUGAGCAACCCGCGCCUGCGCGAGAUGGCCGACCGCUUCUCCACCGGCGGCGGCAUGCCCGACCUGAGCACCCUCAUGAGCGACCCUAACAUCGCCGACAUGGCCCGGAAUAUGAUGGGCGGAGGUGGCGGAGGUGGCGCUGGCGGAGGCGCCGAUGGCCCCGGAGCCGGGCGCGGUGCUGGACGAUGAUGAUCAUUCGGCAUUCUGUCUGUUGUUCAUGACUACCUACGUACCUACCUCGUGGGCUAACCCCAAUACGCUAAGAGUAAGUGGUUAAGACACAGACAUGGACGUGGGGUAGAGUUUAAUGAGACUUGAGAUAAUAAAAAAAACACGACGGUUGGCUGGAUGGUGUUGACGCGCAUAGACUUGACGGAACAUUUUUCUACAAUUGUCUACGUUUUCAUGUAAUCUGUGGAUGAAUCGUUCAGCUUGACAUUGACCUAGAAUCACACAGGCAAACUUCAUGACGCAUGAGGACUCGGUUGGUUAUAAUAAGAAAACAAAUAAUGAUUUUCCUACUGACUUGUGACCGGUUGCUGAUGUUUUUUUUUCUAAUUGAUGUACAUGCGGGCAGUGUGUACGUGUGGUGAUGUGAUGAUGGGCGAGACAAAUUGAUUAAUCGGUAUUUUGGGGCUAGAUAACGACUGGAAGAAAAAAAAGGGGGGAGAAAUCAAUGCUCGUCUAAUUUUUCCACCAUACACCUCGACUCCAUAUCCGCCGUAGUGUCCUUUGUUUUUUUU